AUGGCAUCUGAACAAUUGUUUCGCAGAGAAAACAAAACAAAUGAGAGAGAUGUUCAUGUUGAGAAAGACAGAGUUCCUAAGAUGACAACUCACUUUGAACAUCUUUCUGUUACAGAACAAAAACUACCACAAGGUAGCAUUGAUGCAUUACAAGGUGGUGAAAUCAACAAAGAUCAUGCAGGAAAAGCCAUUGGAGACAUUGGUGGAAUAGGAAAAGCAAGAGAGACUCAUGAACUUGGAUCAAAUUUUCAGUCUCUCUCUGAUCGCAACAAGAAUGAAAGUUACCGUGAUCAUGCAUAUGUUCCUGUGAAUGCAAAUUUAGCAGGAAACAGAGCAGAAAACAGAGUAGGAGGAAAAGCCAGUGGAGACAUUGGUGGAAUCGGAAAAGCAAGAGAGACUCAUGAACUUGGUUCAAACUUUCAGUCUCUUCCUGAUCGGAGCGAAAAUCAAAGUUACCUUGAUCGUGCACGUGGUCCUGGGAAUGCAAAUUUAUCAGGAAACAGAGCAGAAAACAGAGUAGGAGAAAAAGAAAGUGGAAAAGCCAUUGGAGAUAUUGGUGGAAUAGGAAAAUCAAGAGAGGCUCAUGAACUUGGAUCAAACUUUCAGUCUCUCCCUGAUCGGAACGAGAAUCAAAGUUACCUUGAUCGUGCACGUGUUCCUGUGAAUGCAAAUGUUGCAGGAAACAGAGCAGAAAACAGAGUAGGAGCAAAGGAAGAUUUUGGUGCUGUUCGUGAUGUGGGAAAGUUUCAAAUGGAAUCCAUUGGUGGGAAAAAAGGUUUAGCAGAUGAUAGAGAAAAACUUGAUGCACGAACCAGAGUGGUGACUGGAACACCAAAGAUGAAAGAAACAAACAGAGGAAUGGGAACAGGACAAGUUAUGGCUGAGAAAGGAACAAAAACAGGGGGAAGAGUACUUGGUGCUGCUGAAAAUCAAGGUGCAAUGUGGGGAAAGAAUGCUGAAAGAGAAAUUGAAGAAGAGAAAGGAAGAAUGAAAUUAGGAGAAACAAGAGGAAGAAAAAUUGGUGCUGAAGAUGAAGUUGCAAUGUUGGGAAAAAAUGCUGCUGAACAAAGAGAGAAAGCAAGAGAAGAAGAAGAAGAGAAAAGGUCUACAUUGGAAGAGAUAACAAAGUAUAGAAACCAAGCUCAACAAAGUGCAAUGGAAGCGAUUUCAGCUGCACAAGAGAGAGCAGCACAAGCAAAAGAUGUGACAAAAGACACAGUUUCAAAUGCUGCAAAAACUGCCACUGAUUAUGCUUAUCCUGCGGCGGAGAAAGCAAAGUCUGCUGCUGUGCAGGCAAAAGAUAAAGCAAAGUGUGCUGCUGCUCAGGCAAAGGAAACAGGGAUGACUGCAGCGGAGAAAGCCAAGAAUGCGGCCCUUCAGGCAAAAGAUGUUACUGUUGAAACAGGGAUGAGUGCGGCGGAGAAAGCCAAGGCUGCGGCUGGAGUUGCAGGAAAAGUGGCGGUUGAUUUGAAGGAUAAGGCUACUGUGGCUGGGUGGACAGCGGCUCAUUAUUCAACAAAGUUUGCUGUGGAUGGAACUAAAGCUGCUGCAAAUGCUGUUGAAGGAGCUGCUGGAUAUGUUGUUCCUAAGGCAGCUGAGCUUGCGUCGAAGUCGGUGGAUGUUGUUAAAGGUUUGGCUUCAUCUACUGGUGAGACUGCUAAGGAGUUUACUGCUAAGAAGAAAGAUGAAUCAUGGCGUCAAUAUGAAGCUAAAAGGGUUUCUGGUCAACUUCAGGAAGGUGAAGAAAUCAUGCCAACAUCAGGCCAAAAUGUGAGCAACUAUACAACACAAAAUGUGAUGCCAAGUGGAGAAAGAACUCAAGCACAAGGUAGAGGAAGUGAAGAAAUCAUGCCAACAUCAGGCCAAAAUGUGAGCAACUAUACAACACAAAAUGUGAUGCCAAGUGGAGAAAGAACUCAAGCACAAGGUAGAGGAAGCAAUGUGAUGUCUAGCAUUGGUGAAACUAUGGUAAAUGUUGGUGACAAAAUGAAGAAACCAUUUGAAAACAUGACUAGUUCAGGACAAGUACAAGGAAAUGAAGAAAUGAUGAUGAAGAAUAAUAAUAAAGCAUUAGGAGGAAGUGAUGUAUUGGGAGCUGUGACUGAAACUGUGAGUGACAUUGGAAGUAACAUAAUUAAAACAACAGAAAAUACUGCUAAUAAAGUUAAGGAUACUGUUACUCAAGAAGCACAAAGUGGUGGAGUUUUGGAUGCUAUUGGUGAAACUAUAGCUGAAAUUGCACAUACAACUAAAGCCAUGGUUGUUGGUGUGGAUGAAGAAGAUGUAGAAGAGAUUAGGAAGAAGAAUAUUGUGUUAGAGACUCACUCAAUUGAUCGUGCUAAGCAUGAAGGAAAUCAAGCACCAAAGAAUGUUUUUUAA